AAUCAUCAAAUUAUACGGGCCACUGUGAUGAUUGUUUUUCCUGUACUCAUCUUCUCCUCCUUUCUGUCUAUUCUCUCCUCCCAUUUCUCUCUCUAUAAAUGAUGGGUUAUCAAGCUAGGAAUAUUUUAGAACCAAAACUCCCCACUGUGCGUCAUCUUUUCAUAUGAUUAGUCGUAUGGAGCGAACCCCAGCAGCUUGUGCCAUGGACUGGAGCAUUCAGCUCCAAAAAAGCCUUCGUUCAAAAAUACCAGGUAAACGUAUUGAGGCCCUAGAAGAAAUGGGCAGGCGGCUUGAGUGGUGGAACAUGGAGCCAAAAUUGACGUUUGCAGAGUACAGAAUAUUUGGCUUAAUCCCCGGGGAGGAUAAGCUGUUCCUUAAUGCUAUUUUUCUGUGCCUGGCUGAUGCAUUUAGGUCCGGCAACAAACAGACUAAAGAAUGUGUUGUUAGAAUUUUCGUGAGGAUGAAGAGGAGGAAAGAUAGAGAUGAUGUGGGUGUUUUGAGCAAGGAAAAGUUGGAGAAUUACUUGGAGUUGUUGAGCAGAGUAAAGGAAGUGUUUGAUAAAGGGGAUGCUGAAGAAAGAGGACUGGCUUUACUGUUGCUUGGUUGCUGGGCUUAUUUAGCAAAGGAUUGUCCGGAUGUGCGGUAUAUUGUGCUGUCAAGUUUGGUUGCUGGUGAUGUUCUUGAGGUGAAGGCCGCGUAUUUUGCUGCAGGCUGCUUAUCUGAGAUGUCAGAUGACUUCGCUAAUGUUUUCUUGGAGAUACUUAGGACAACAAUCUUGUCACAGGAGAUAUCAAAAGACAUAAAGUUAGCUGCAGGACGAGCAUUUGCCAAAUUGAGGUGCUCAUUUUCAGUUGCAGAGAAGGCAUACAAGUUAGGUUUGAAGCUCCUCAUGGAUUCUUCAGAAGAUGACUUCUCAGCUAUCAUGCUAAUUUCACUUUCCAGAGUUGCUUCUCGGUGGAUGCUUCUAGUUCCUAGUCAGAUAGAAUUGCUUACACUGUUUCAAAAUGAAGAUAGAUCUUUGCGGAUGCAAGCUACAUCAUUAAGAUGCUUCCGCUUUUUAGUAGCAAGAGAAGUUUGUAUGUUUCCUUCAACUACAGGCACAGUCCAUAAGUUAUUUGGCAUGCUACACAGAUAUGAACUUCAUCCGACACUGCAGCUUGAAUCUUUAAGAAUUUUAUAUAAGUUCCUUCUGAUUAUUUUAUCCAUCACUCCUUGCAUGGAGAUUCCUGAGCUUUUUCAGAAGCUGUUUGUAGUAGUUCAAAAAAUGCUAAUAUCAUCUGUGCGGUCAAACAGAGUUUUAGCUGUUAGUGUGCUAGCAGAUCUUUCAGGAAAAGUUUUGGGAAGACAAGAUAUGUGGUCAGGUGGAUCUGAUUACACCCUGGCAUCCCAGGUGAUCUCUUUCAUCUUAGAUCAAGUCCUUUCCCUCGUGACACCAAUAGUUGGUAAUAAUAAGGCUGACUUUCCUGUGGAGCUUGAGGUUAAAAGCUUGCUCAAAAUUUUAUUCAACCUGGUUGAGAAAUACUCGAAGCUUCGUUGCCUAGUGCUCGAUAGUGCAUGUUUAUUUAUAUGUAAUUUGAUGAAGAUGAUCGACAGAGAAAGGGGCUCAGAGAAAACUGUCUUGUCAAAUCCAAUGAUGACAGAGUAUGUUAGCCAUGGAAAAACACUGGUUGAAUCAAAUAUCAUUCUCACUCUGUCAAAAAUCAUGGCUGCUUGUUUGGAAAACAUUGAAUACACUGAUACUGAAACCAGCCACACCUUGGAUUUGGAUGCAUUGAAACUUCAAGUAGAAACUGUAUGCCAUUGUAGCAGUAUUGGUAGCUACACUAGGCUGAUGAACUUUCUGUUAUUGCACUUACAUUCCAUCUUUAUCUGCAUGAAGAAUUUGACUGAGCACUUGUUGUCACCUUGUAAUAGUUUGAGUUUGUACUGUAUUGAUUCCAUUCUUGAGUUUGAUAAAUCUACUCUCAGUUGUGCAAAGGAGAUAUUAGAAAGAAAUAAUAACUGGUGCGCUUAUAAGGCUGGAAAAAAUGCUGCCUGCCAGGGUGCGUGGUCCACAGCUGCUUUCAUAUUUGAGCAGCUUAUGAAAGAGGUUGAAUCUCCUUCCUGUUGCAGCUGGUUAAAAUCUUUGGCUCGGUUCUCUACCUCAGAAAAUCAGAUUCAGCUGUUUCUUUUAUCUGGCCAAGGCACAUGUAUUGUCCCAGGUGGAAGUGGUUUACGUGAAAUGAGUGUCAGUGCCUUGAGGACCCAAAGUUGCAAGUAUAUAGAAAUUCUUCUCAGAGGUUGCGAUGCAAUUCUUUGUGCCGAAGAAAUUCUUGGAGCCCCUGACAUAGGCCAUAUAUUCAGUUUUCAAAGAUGGUUUUUGACCCUCAGAGCAAGGGCUCUGAAAAAAGUUGCUGAUAUGAUGAAGCUACUUGAUUCAGUUUCAUCUAUCCAAUAUGGCACUGGGUCUGGUGGAGAGUUUGACAGAGGUACUCUUCUUUCGCCCGGUACUUCUUUGACACUUGGCCCCUUCGUUAACUCUUGUAUUGAGGUAUCAUGCCAUAUGAAGAAAUUAGCUGAGGAAUUUGAUAUGCUCUUGACAUCUUUCAUGGGUAUGGAUAGACAAAGUGUAAUGAGUGUUUCUGCACUUGCAUUGAGUUGCUCUAUUAUGGCCUUCACUGCUGCUUUUGCUUUUCUAGUUCCAGACUGGUGUUCUUCUGAAAUUUAUAGAGUUUCUGAAUCUGGAUACCUAGAGGAGCCUUUACAUGCCUUGCUUAUUGAAGAUCUUCUUGGGCGAUUUAAGCAUAUAGGUUACGAGACUAGAAAAAAUCUCCUUUUCCUUCUGAAGCCCUUCGGCAACUGUAACAGGUGUUCUUCAUCUAGGUUUAUAACUCAAACUUGUUCUUAUGAGACAGUAGUCUUACACAAACUUUGUAAGUAUUCGGUUCGGGAGGUUUUUAACUUGCGCAAUGAGGCAGCCAGAAUGCAACAAGAUGCUAAUGCAUUGCAUCAAAUUAUUAAUAGGGGUUCGGAAGUGCUAAUGAACGUUAUCUCAAAUUUGAUGUUAAUUCCUUUCCACGCUCCUCAUCACUUCUUUCAAGUGAGGUCUGCUGUUUCCUCUCAGCUCUUUGUCAUGAAUGAAGACGGGCAAGUUUUAGAUGGAUCGUCCAUUUUGUUAGGGUCUCCUCUCUCGCUGAGUUUGAGUUGUCAAUUGAAAAACAUGCCCGCUGGUGUGCCAGGUCCAUCGAACAAAGUGUACUGCAUUCUUGGUUGUAAACCCCAUUCUUCGGUAACAACUAAAAUUGGAGAUUCCAAACGACAAUCCCAAUUGAAGAAGCAGGAAGAUGAGAUGGAUAAUAUGAAGGAGCUGAAUGAGAAGCUGCUGAGAUAUGUGACUGGCUCUGUGGAGACUGAAGGACGACAUUGCAGAAGACGAGACAAUGAUUGUUUGAUGGUAACUGAAUAUGCGUGUUUCGAACUGAACGAACAUGGUCAAGGUUUCUCUACUUGCUUUCUCGAUAUUUCUAUUUUACCUGUAGGUGCUUACAGAAUCACAUGGCAUAGUGGUUAUGUUGAUAGUGGAGGUUCUUAUUGGAGCCUUCUUCCUGUUAAUGCUGGCCCAUCAAUCGUUGUUCAGGAUGUAACGACUGUGUAAUGAGUUUUUGGUAAAUGAUGAUGUUCAGCUA